AUGGCGACCCUAGAACAUCACCACCACACCCCACCGUCGGAGGCAGAUAUGAUCUCCGGCGAGAAACCAGGCUUGUCGCACACGGUUUCUGCGGGCGCCAUUUCCAUCAGUCCAGAGCUUUUUGAAAAGCUAUACUUGACUCCUAAAGUUCCUCACGCCGGCGACAACAUCAAACGUUUCGCUAAUCCAACACCUCUCGGGUUUGUCGGCUUCGUCAUUUCCACCAUGACAUUUUCGAUGGUAAUGAUGGGUUGGGGCGGAGCCGCUGGACUUUCGCCUGUCGUUGGGAUAUUCUUCUUCACGGGCCCAGUCCUCCUGAUCCUGACGACGAUCUUCGAAUGGAUCAUGGGUAAUUUCUUCCCGAUGAUGGUAUGCGGCCUGUUCGCGGUCUUCUGGCUCUCGUUCGGUGUGCUCCAGCUCCCGACACUGGGCCUGGCCACCCCGUACUCCGCCGAUGGCACCGACGCCAUCACGGGCGGCGCGUCCAAGGAAUACAACGCCGUGAUCGCCUUGUACCUCCUCGUGUGGGGCUUCGCGCUCUUCACCUUCUGGAUUUUCACGCUCAAGACCAACACCGUCUUCGCGCUGAUUUUCCUCUUCGUCACCCUCGGUGCAUGGGUCCUCUCCGGUGCAUACUGGAAAGUCAGCACCGGCGACUACGACCAGGCCCAGAGACUGCAGAAGGCCGGAGGAGCGCUACUGUUCAUAGUCGGGUGUUUAGGUUGGUACAUGACGUUCGUGAUGAUGGCUGCCGAGAUGCGCCUCGCCAUCACUCUUCCUGUCGGCGAUCUCAGUCACUUCUGGCCCCGAACUGAUGUCGAAAUGGGCAAGGCUGAGAAGGAGUCCUAA